AUGACACCAAAGGAACUCCCUUCGUUCGAUGACUUACCCUUGGAUAAGAAUGACGAUCAACUUGGUAGGCUCAACUUACUUACGCCAGAGACCGUUCGCGCAGCAGCAAGUGAGAUAAAAGAGGGUGUCAGAAUAUCUUUGGACUGGCCACUUGACAAGAUUUCCCAUCCACCUUUUGGAAGACAAGCUCUGGAGCACCGGAUACUCAACAAAGCUCCGAUGACGAUGAACGACGAUGUGAUUACUCUGAAUACGCAGAGUAGCACACAGUGGGAUGGGUUCAGGCACUAUGGGUAUCAAAGAACUGGGCAGUUCUACAUGGGUCAUAAACAGGAGGAAUUUGGUCCAGGCUCACAGACUCUUGGGAUCGAUGCUUAUGCCAACAACGGUGGAAUCAUUGGUCGUGGUGUUCUCAUAGAUUGGUACUGCUGGUCCCAACGCAACAACAUCUCCCUCUCACCCUUCCAAACCAACGCCGUCGAGAUAUUCCACAUCCACGCCAUUAUCGCCGAAAAUAAUAUCACAUUCCGUCAGGGCGACAUCCUCUUCAUCCGCGUUGGUUUCACUGCCCACUACAACGCCCUCUCUUCGCAAGAACAAGAGAACUUCCCCAGCCGCCAGCCCGGAGGUCUUUUAGGUCUUGAAGCUACAAAAGAAUCCCUUCGAUGGCUUUGGGAAACUGGUUUCUCAGCAAUUGCCUCCGAUGCCGCUGGCUUUGAACGAGGACCCGCGACAGGGGCGUAUAACCAUCCUGAUGUUAGCAUUCAUCAGUGGGCUUUGGCAGGAUGGGGAAUGCCGAUUGGUGAGCUCUUCGAUUUGGAGGAGUUGGCCGAAAGGUGUAGGGAGAGAAAACGAUGGACAUUCUUUUUGACGAGUGUUCCUCUCAAGGUACCUGGUGGAGUAGCUAGUCCAGGAAAUGCGGUAGCAAUAUUAUAG